CGCGGGAGGAGAGGAGGCUUGCUGGGUCUGCGCCUGCGCACGGGAAGGGGACGCUGGUGGCUGCCGUGGGCGCCUGGAAUUCUGGGGGCUGCGCAGGUCUUCCCUAUUUUCUGCUGGGAGGGAAAUCGAAGAUUCUUUCCCCAUGGUCUGGGGUCCUUAACUUCAUGGGAUGAGAUUCUGGAUAUUUGGAGCCAGCAGAAAGUCAGGUCAGGAGAGUGAGGACAAAGUGUCUGUGUGGAUCAUCUGGUGCUGCCAGCACAAGGAGAAACAGACCUGACUGAAGCAAAGGCUGGUGACCAUGGCACACCAGGUCCUCCUCCUGUCCAGGGUAUCCCUGCUGGGCAUAGUGCUUUGGCUGCUGGCAGCUGCAUACAUCUCUUCAUGCCAUAAUCAUCAUGUCCAGAAGCAUUUUGCAUUGUCCAAUCCAGAGAAGAGCAAUAUCCAGGAAAAAAACAAAGAGGCGUCAUCAGAGGAAGAACUUGACAGUGAAGACCUGAAUGUGUUUUACCCCACGAACCAAUGGCAGACCCUUAAGCCAGGUCAAGCUGUCCCUGCUGGUUCCCACGUGCGUCUGAAUCUGCAGACUGGAGAGAGAGAAGUAAAGCUCCCAGAUGAGGAAAAAUACCAAAAUAACUUGAAAGAGCAAAAAAAAGGCCAAAGGUUGGACCUCAACACACAUGAUUUCACAACUCAGGACCUCAAGAGUGCUCUUGAAAAAUUCAGGGAGGGAGCAGGGACUGAAAAGGAAGAUAAGGCCCGGCAGGAAGAGGUCAGGCGACGUUUCCGCCCUAUUGAGGAUCUGAAGAAGGACUUUGAAGCAUUGAAUGUUGUCAUCGAGAGUGACCUCCAGAUUAUGGUUCGGCUGAUCAACCAGUUCAACAGCUCCAGCACUACCCUGGAAGAGAAGAUCAUGGCUCUCUAUGACCUGGAAUAUUACGUCCAUCAGAUGGAUAAUGCCCGGGAUCUGCUUUCCUUUGGGGGUCUUCAAGUGGUGAUCAAUGGGCUCAACAGUACUGAGGACUUGUUGAAGGAAUAUUCUGCUUUCGUGUUAGGUGCUGCUUUCUCCAGUAACCCCAAAGUCCAGGUUAAGGCCAUCGAAGGUGGUGCCCUCCAGAAGCUGCUGGUCAUCUUGGCAACGGAUCAUCCUUUGGCUGUGAAGAAAAAGGUGCUGUUUGCUCUGUCUUCGCUCCUCCGGCACUUUCCCUAUGCCCAGCAGCAGUUCCUGAAGCUGGGAGGCUUGCAGGUCCUUCGGGGCUUGGUCCAUGAGAAAGGCAUGGAGAUGCUGUCUGUGCGAGUGGUCACCCUGCUGUAUGACCUGGUCACUGAAAAGAUGCUGGUAGAGGCUGCUGGCCGUGGCCAGGACCCCCCCGAGGAAAAGGUGCAGCAGUACCGCCAGGUGGAGCUCCUGCCGGGCCUUCAGGAGCAGGGCUGGUGUGGCAUCGUUUCUGGUCUGCUGGGGCUGCCAGAGCAUGACAUGCGAGAGAAAGUGCUACGGACUCUGAGCGCCCUCCUCACUCCGUGUCGGGACCGUUACCGCCAGGAUAUCUUCCUGAGCAGUACCCUGCAAGGCUUACGGGACGAGUACCAGGAGCUGGCUGCUCUGGAACAGCAGGAUGGGGAAGAGAACGGCUACUUCCAGGAGAUGCUGGGGACCAUCAACGGCUUCAUCCAGGAACUCCGGUGAGGCCGGUGGUGGACAGACAGGGAGGGGUUGCAGUUCAAGAAACACCUGUGGAUGAGGGAAGACUCCCAGCACCGAUGCUGACGUGUCCUGCUGCCCCCUGUGUUGGCCAUUAAAGGGAGGUGUGGAGCGUUU